AUGUCAAACAUCAGCAAGAUUCCAACUCUUGUCUUCACUGACUAUGACACUCAGCAGGAGGAAUUGAACGCGCAGACGCUUGGCACCCAAUAUUCUCAAAAUCUCGCUGAUAAGAAAGAAUGUGAUUCGACGACUGACGAAAAUGGAAGUGAUUCAGCGGAAAAAGAGGAGGCCGAUGAAAAAAUGGUGCAUAAUGCAUCGAAUCCGGAAAUUGGCAACACAAGAAUGUCGGAAAUCAUUGAGGAGAAUGGCAAUGAAUCCGCGGAAUCCGUUAUUCUUACAGUCGCUUCUGCUCAAGACGAAUCGUCGGUGAAAUCGCUAGCAUGA